AUGCAAAAUAUAAAAUACGCAGCAGGUGACCUUCUAAAGCCUCGAACUUACAAAAGAAUCAUUAUUCAUUCAUGCAAUUGUAAUGGUUCAUGGGGUGGUGGGUUCGCAUAUGCACUAGCCAGGAAAUAUCCUCAAGCUGAAGAUACUUACAUGAAACAUUGUGAUAAAUAUGGUGCCAAUUUACUGGGGACUUGUUUGUUAUUACCAUCAUUCGAAGGCGAUAACGUUUUAAUCGCAUGUUUAUUCACUUCUGCUUUUGGCGGCUCUCGUCAUGAUGAUUCAAGAAGCAUUCUAGAAUAUACCGAAAUGGCAUUGAAUGAUUUGAUGGAUACCAUAGAAACAAGAAGGAUUGAUGAGAUGCACCCGUUCAGUUUUGAAGGAGAAAACUUGAAGAAUUUCGAGUUGGAAAUGCCAAAAAUAAAUAGUGGUAUAUUCGGUGUUCCUUGGGCCAAGACAGAAGAAAUCUUGAAGAAAUAUAAACAUCAAGCGUCCUUUACCGUAUAUGCUCUUUAA